GAGAGCAUCUGGGGGAGCAGGAGCCGGGACUAGGGGGUGGGGGGAGGGAAGGGGGGCCCGCUCUGCAGAAAUGUGACUUCAGUAGCGGCUGCAGGAGAAGCCGUCCGGCUGUGGGGCCGCCGGGGCGGAGAGAAAAAUGAGAACCCAGCUGGUCCUCUCAUUUCUCCUCUUCUUUGUGAUCGGCUAUGGCUCCUCAGAGAACGCCAGCACCUCUAGGGGCUGUGGGCUUGACCUCCUCCCUCAGUACGUGUCCCUGUGCGACCUGGAUGCCAUCUGGGGAAUCGUGGUGGAGGCAGUGGCCGGGGCUGGGGCCCUGAUCACACUGCUGUUGAUACUGAUCCUCCUGGUGAGACUGCCGUUCAUCAAGGACAAAGAGAAGAAGGGGCCCCUGGGCCUGAACUUCCUGUUCCUUUUGGGGACCCUCGGGUUGUUUGGACUGACUUUUGCCUUCAUUAUCCGAGAAGAUGAGACCAUAUGCUCAGCGCGUAGGUUCCUGUGGGGGGUGCUCUUUGCCCUGUGCUUCUCGUGCCUGCUCAGCCAGGCGUGGCGAGUCCGGAGGCUGGUUCGCCAUGGGAAGAGCCCCUCGGGCUGGCAUCUCGCUGGUAUGGCCAUAUGCCUGAUGCUGGUCCAGGUCAUUAUUGCCACAGAGUGGCUGGUCUUGAACGUGGUCCGGGAUAAAAAGCUAGCCUGCAGUUAUGAGCCUAUGGAUUUUGCACUGGCCUUAAUUUAUGACAUGGUCCUACUGGUGGUGACCCUGGGUUUGUCCCUCUUCACUCUCUGUGGGAAAUUUAAGAAGUGGAAGAAGAAUGGGGUAUGCCUCAUCCUUACCGCCUUCCUCUCCAUUCUGAUCUGGGUGGCCUGGAUGACCAUGUACCUUUUUGGCAAUGCAGAGCUAAGGAGAGGUGACGUGUGGAGCGAUCCCACCCUGGCCAUUGCCCUGGUGUCCAGUGGCUGGGUGUUUGUCAUCUUCCAUGCUAUUCCUGAAGUGCACUGCUCAAUCCUCCCAUCACAGCAAGAGAGUACACCCAACUACUUUGACACGUCACAGCCCAGGAUGCGGGAGACGGCGUUUGAAGAGGAUGUCCAACUUCCCCGGAGCUACAUGGAAAACAAAGCCUUUUCAAUGGAUGAACACAAUGCAGCUCUACGAACUGCAGGAUUUCGAAAUGGUAGUUUGGCAAACCGACCCAGUGCUCCAUUUAGAAGCAAUGUUUAUCAGCCCACUGAGAUGGCAGUUGUGCUAAAUGGUGGGACUAUCCCAACCGCUCCGCCAAGUUACACUGGAAGACACCUCUGGUGAAAGGCUUUUACAAAGGUCCAGAGAAUAAGAAUCUCUGUCACAGAUUUUAUUCCCUGGCUGAGUCUUUCUGGGGGAGAAAUCACUAACAGUGGUGGAACAGAGUCACCCCUCAUCCUGGAGCUUUCAGAACCCCAGAGAAUGGGGUUUCAUGUAAAUGUGAACACUGGUGAACCGAUAAGCUAACCACCCACAAAAUACCAAACCAACCAACAAUUCUGCAAACUAAAGCAAAGCUAAUUUUCUGUAGAAUUAGGCUCACUCUUAAAAUGCAACUGGGGAGACUGCAUCCUCCAAGUGUAGAAGAACCAAAGUCACAGUGACUGCUGAGCAGGCCUGAUUGGCUUUGAGUGCUGGUUUCCAUAUUGGAUCUGGGCUGCCUCCCUUGUGAGGUUGGCACUUGAUUACUAAAGCAUAUAGAGGGGCUUUCCCAUUUGGUUGCUAGUUGGUUUAUGCGUUCCCCGGGUUCAGAGAGAGUAAUUUGGUUAUUGUUUUUGUGAGUGUGUAUCUGCAGACAUAAUUAGAUUAUGGGGCAUUUUAUUGAGGGUGGGGGCCCUGGUUAACAUUGAGAGAAGAAACACUACUAGUGAAGCAUCCCCCUUCCCAUUCUGAAGAAGUGAAUAGUAUCUGGUCAUUAGUUCGUGGAUCACAUUUAACAUGGUGUUGGGCUGGGGUUCUUUUUUUUUAUGCCCCAUACCUGUGAUAUUCUGAUUAGGAGGACAGAUAGGCCCCAAAAUGGAGCCAGAGGUAGACAUGAUCUGUGUCAUGGGGCACCAGACUGAAGUUCUCAAUGUUAUCAAGCUUCUCUGCCAUCCCACAUCCCCAGAAGCUGACCCGAGAACCUGGUGUUCUCAGCAUCUUUCUGAUUUAUCUGUAUUUUGUUUCCCAAUGUGCUGUUGGGGCCACCAGCUUAGAAAACCAGAGGGAUGAGCUGUAGCAGGUUUGCCACUGACCUAUAUGAUGUGGCUUUCCCAGAGUCCCAUAAGAUGGUGGAUCAAGGGUCCUCCUACUGCUUUAGCAAUGCAGGAACUUCUCUCUUCCUUAUAUAUGAAGGUAGUGGGAUCUCCAAGAUGAGGAACAUUUUUGUUUGUGGAUUUUUUGUUUGUUUGUUUGUUUGUUUGAGUUUUGGGCUUUGGAGUAGAGAAGAGAAGUUUGUUAGAUGUUUUUAUCUUGGUUAACUGCAAGUUCUCUGAAAAUGGUUAUUUCAAAACCCAUUACUUCUGCCAUUGUUUCCAUCUGUCUUGAGCAAAUCAUCCCGUUAUUAUUUAACAUUUAUUUAGUGCAUAUCCAACAUUAAAAGCAUCAUGGUCUCCUCAUUGGUUAGCCAACAUGAUCUGCAGCUUUCUUAAAUGCCUAAAGCAAGUUUUUAACCUGACAGUAUUGGACAUAUAAAUGAUGAUGGGUUCUUUCACUAUAUAGCAUAAGCUAUAAGAAAUCUAUUCUAUUUUCUAGCCUUUUUAAAAAAAAAAAAAAAGAAAAAAAGGUAAGCCACAAAAGAACAUGGUAAAAAGUCAAUGGUUGGGGAAAAAAUGGUCACUGACUGUAUAAAUCGAAUACAUCUAUGCUGAAUAAUUAUAACAAAACCUCUAAUUCUUUCUGCACCUGAUUUUUGGCUGUGCCCUAAAAGCCCUCCACCCUCCGCACAGCACUGGGGGAAAUGAGAUCGAUAUUGCCAUUCUUGCCAUGAUCAUCUUGCAAGUUCUUUUUUUCCCCCUCUCUGCAAGUUCAUUUCCCUUUCUGCCAUGCAUGUGAAAAUUAAAGCAUGGCAUGAGAGUGCCUGCCCCAUCAUAUCUCAUCUCCAGUAUCAGCCCUGGGAGCAUGCGCUUGCUUUUAGACAACCAGACACCUGACUUUAGCCCUUAGUGUGUGUUCGGGAAGGUGAAUUAUUAGAUGGUUUGGAAACUUCCGUAUUUGGGGGAGGGGAGGGAUGUUAGG